UGGAACCUAUACAACUCUGAAAAUAAAAAUCUUUAUCAACAGCUUGGUGAAAAGUACGGACCUGUAUAUACAUUCUACCUUGGCAAAAGUCGAGCGGUCAUGCUGAUUGGCUAUGAUGCUGUUAAAGAGGCUUUGGUUGAUAACAGUGACGUGUUCAGUAAAAGAGGAGAUAUGGCUCUACUAGAAUUAUUAUUUAAGGAUUUCGGGGUUAUGAUGAGCAAUGGAGAGAGAUGGAAGACGAUGCGUCGCUUUUCCCUAUCAACACUGAGGAAUUUUUGGGAUGGGGAAGAGGAGUGUGGAGGAAAGAUCCAGGAGGAAGCUUGGUGUCUCAGGGACAGAUUUAUGAAGAGCAAAGAUAAACCAAUUAACCCGAUUCAUCUGACAAGACAGUCUGUCUCUAAUGUCAUCUGCUCCAUUGUAUUUGGUGAGAGAUUCGACUAUCAAGAUGAGAAGUUCAUCAUACUUAUGACACUGUUUGAAGAAAUGUUGACCCUGCUGAACUCUGGAUUAGGCAAGUUUCUUACCCUGUUCCCAAAAUUAAUGAGCCAAAUCCCUGGUCCUCACCGAAAAUUUUUCCAGAAUUUUGAAAAGCUUAAAGAGAUUCUACAAGAUAUGGUGGAAGCUCACAAGGAGACAUUGGAUGAGAACUGCCCACAUGACUUUAUAGAUUGCUUCCUCAUGAAAAUGGAAGAGGAAAAGAACAACCCAGAAACAGAAUUUCAUAUUACUAACUUACUAGCAACAAUAAAUGACUUGUUCUUUGCCGGGACUGAGACGACAAGUGUAACCCUGAGAUAUGGCUUCCUGAUACUACUCAAAUACCCUGAGAUACAAGAGAGGAUCCAUAAAGAAAUCGACAAUGUAAUAGGCAGUAAUCGCUGUCCAUCAAUGGAGGACAAGAGUAAGAUGCCAUAUACAGAUGCUGUCAUUCAUGAGAUCCAGAGAUUUGCCGAUAUUGUACCAACAGGACUACUCCAUGCAGCCAGCAAAGACACCACGUUUAGAGGAUAUCACAUUCCAAAGGGAACUUUGGUGUUUCCAGUCUUAACUUCAGUUUUAAAGGACCCCACACAGUUCACAAAAACCCUCAUGAAUUUGACCCUGGACAUUUCCUUAAUGAGAAUGGAACUUUUAAAGAAGAGUGACGCCUUUAUGCCAUUUUCUGCAGGAAAACGUGUGUGUUUGGGGGAGGGUCUGGCUCGCAUGGAACUCUUCCUGUUUUUUACAACCAUUCUUCAAAAGUUCACUCUGAAACCCACCGUAGACAGAAGGGACAUAGACAUUACACCACAGCCCAACAGCAAUGCUUCCAGACCUCGUGACUAUGAGAUGUUGGCUGUGCCUCGUUUAUAG